UCGGUGGCCAUCGUAUUGUACUGGCAUUUCAUCGUCUAGCCAAGAUUUAUAGUUGUAUCGGUAACCAAUCUAUUCAGAACCGGAUAUUCUAUUGGUCACACAUUCGCUCAAAUCAAGUCAGCCAGUCAGUCUCGAGCGCGUAAUCGAAGUGACCGGGUCAAACGGCGCGAAACAGAACCCACUGGGAACGUUGUGUGAAGUUGCACCAUGUUAUUUUGAGCGAUUGCUAGGAGGUUAACCGUUGAGAAGACAUACUAAUUAUUUACAUACCUAGCUUACUUUUGAUUGAGUUGAACGUCAUCAAUUGUAAUAAAUCGAUUGUGAUUAUGCUGAUUUAAGUUUGAAAGGCGCUUGAGACGGUUUUCUAGUAGUUUGAUUAGGCAUAUUUGGUGCUCGUUAGGCGAGCAAAAGAAUAGAGGCUGAUCGCAAAUCAAAGCUGAAUUUCAAUUUUUGAAUUAAUUGUUAGUUGGAAUAAAUAUUUCCCAUUCGUACGCAUAGUUUACAGUGUAAUGGAAAAGAAUCGUUUCUCCUAAACGAGUGCCGGUAUUUGUUUUGUAACUGCCUGUGCGACCUAGACUGUUUAUACCAACAAGAAAAAAAAACAAAUGUUAUUCUGAUAGGUAUUAAAAAUGUAAAUAUAUCCGCUGUAACAUCGAGUACCCGAAGCAAGGAUAACACCAAAGGUUCGUUUGGAUUGGAGAACAUUGGGACAGUAUGCAGUUACUUUGUACACUUUGAUUGGAAUUAAACCGAUCGGUAUACAUGUCCGCUGUAUUCGAGGAUGAUAGUUUGCAAAUCAAUUCUCGUUGAUCGAGUGCUUUCUUUCGACGACCGCGACAAUAUGAGUGAUAUGUAGAAUGUUGCAAUGAUAAAAAAUAUGAAGUGAUUCGGCUGCCGCGAUCAAUACCUGCCAAGGUACUAAUUGUUUGGAAUAACUGAGUUUCAAUAAUUUGUUCAUAAUGCAAGUGAUUAUCUUAAAAUACGUACAAGUCCUAUGCAUUACGGUGUUUUUCUCCAACAACAUCAACUGUGACAAAUUGUUGCUGCACAAUGAGCAAGAAGACCAACAUCUCUACAAGAUAGGAUCUUGUGCGGCUCAGUGUUUAGCGGAGCAGAACACGUCGCAGUCUCUGGAAUCAUGCUACAAAGUUUGUUCGGAGAAUGCAGUUGAGCAGGGAUCGAUACUCGAGCAAAAUCCCGAACUGAAUUUUCAUGUUAAGUUGAUCUGCCGCGAUAGCUUUAGUUUGGUGAUUAAGAUUCAGCAACUGAUGGAUGGGAUGAAGCCCAAUACGACCAUCUCACUGCCCAGUUUAGGAAAAUCGGACGGAAUAUAUCGCCAGCUUAAUGCUAUACCAUUUCAAGUGGAAAAAGUAAUCGAUCACGAUCAAAAAGGUGCAAUAUAUUCAAGAGCUCGGAGAAGUGUUAUCACUGGGUCGAAAGCAAAUGACAAUCACCCUAUCGGUGCUGUCAACAAAAUUGAUCUGGUCGAGCAUCGUGAAAUACAAGAGAGUAGAUCCGGCCAUAAUGAAAAAGAAUUGCUUGCUAGGCCGGUACGCUAUAUCUAUCUCAUUAAGGUUCAGGAGAGUGGCAACGAAUUGGGUGAAAGAAUUGUUUAUAUGAGUAAUGCAUCAGUUGUUAAAAUAGAAAACUUGACACCAAACAAACAGUAUAACAUUACAGCGACUGUGCUUAGCUCGAACCGUGAGUACAUCUAUGUGGACAAAAAGCAAAAGUUCAAAACACUACCAUUGGAUUACACUCCCGGCAUGAUUACUAAUAUCGAUGUGCUAAACUAUCACACCAAUCGACAGAACAUCGAGCUGUUGGAUGCCAUCGUCUCGUGGAAACCGGCAGUAGAUCAUACUUGUCAUUACGAGAUCCUCUACUACGCUAGUCAUUCUCCGGACUUCCAAUUGAAGCCAAUAGAUGUGCAGCAGCCCGAUGAUUACCGGCAUACUAUCAACUCUCUGAAACUGAACUCCGAGUACGUCAUAGCCGUUCGCGCAAAGAACACGAAAAACUCAGCCCGAGAGAGUGAACUUAAGUGGCACACGUUCCACACACCCAGCUGUACUGAUUGGCAUAACAGUAGUAAAAUCUGCGCUCCAGAAGAAGUGACCGAUUUACGCGUGAGUUCCGUGUACUUGUCCGACGAUGCCUAUCAGUUCAAUGUCACUUGGGAUAAGCCUAGUGUCUUGCCGGAUUACUAUAUCGUAAAACUUUUCGACCUUAACCCUGCCGUGGACGAUGAAGAUGCCAAUUCUUAUUCGGAAAACGUAACUGGGGAUACGACAAACAUACUUAUCGAACAUUUUACUAUGCAUGGGCCUCAGUACGAAGUGUUCAUAGCAUCCCAUGCCAACAAUCGGACAUCGACGCAAAGUGUUAUAAAACCGCUUUACAUUAGAAGAAUUCCAACCGAUCAUUGGAAUGGAGGACGAUUGGCUGUCAUUAUUCUAACGCCCAUUCUCACAAUAGGUUUAAUGAAAAUUUUCAUCUCUCUUAUAUGCAGAAGAAGAGCUAAAAUAAAACGCUAUGAGCAGAGAUGCGAAUAUUUCAAGGAACUGGAGCAGAAAGCACCUGUUGACCCUAGCACGGAUUUUGAAAUUAAAGUAAAAAGUAUCCAGGAAAUUUUGCAACCGUUUGCGUUCCCGGGUGAUAUGAUUGCACCGAUCAAUGACGAAAUGGAAAUAGAUUUCGAUCAAAUAAAGGUCCUGGAUAUACUGGGUGAAGGUGCCUUUGGUUUAGUUCGAAAAGGGAUUCUCGUUCGACCGCAGGAGACGUACACACAAGUAGCUGUAAAGAUGCUGAAAGAAUGCCCCAGUUUAGAGGAUAUCAAGGAAUUUCGACGGGAAAUAGAGGUGAUGAAGUCAGUGGGGGCACAUCCAAAUGUGGUGUGUAUUGUAGGUCAUUACACUAAGAAUGUAAACGAGAUGAUGUUAUUGACGGAAUAUUGCAGCAAGGGCAACCUGUUGAACUAUAUGAGAUGUGAAUGGCACAAAUUACUACGGAGAAAAAUAAACUCGACCGAGAAAGAGGCCAUGGAAGUUAACAAUAAAGACCGAGUAAUCCAACUAGAAGAAUGUUGCGUACUGAACUCGCAGAACAACAAAAAACCCGAAAACGUCUUCAACCUUGAUAUUGCCUUGGUGAACGAUAAAAAAUCGUUGGCAUACAAGGAUAUUCCUGACCACAUUCCUUCAAACCCGACAUUAGAAGGAACAACAAUUGAGAAUCGACUUUAUCCGCUCUUGAAUAAUGAUGUGCAAGUGGUAGCAGGACUUUGUACAAACGCUUGCAAGUGUCAGGUUGAUAUAGUUGACCAGGAUGAAACGUUGUCGAGUUCACACCCCAAAGCAUUCUCAUGUAACAUAAAAAUUUCCGAUUGUGAAUGUAGUUCCGACAAUGAAAUCAACACCGACUACCAAGAACAACAACAAGUUACAAAUUUGGUAGUUAAUCAAUGUUACUACAGUACUGUAUGCAAUAGCAAACAAAAUCAAGAAGAAGAACUGACUAGCGCACAAUUGGUUGAAUUUGUUCGGCAAAUCGCUGUGGGAAUGGAAUUUCUAGCUCGCAAUAAGGUGGUACAUCGUGAUCUAGCUGCAAGGAAUGUGUUAGUCUGUGAAAAUAAAAUAGUUAAGAUAUCUGAUUUUGGACUAAGCAGGGACAUCUACCAGGAUAAUUUAUACCGCAAAACGGGCACAGGCAAGCUGCCAAUCAAGUGGCUGGCGCUUGAAUCUCUGACCCAUCAAGUGUAUACUUCACAGAGUGAUGUGUGGGCAUACGGUAUCCUUUUGUACGAAAUUUGUACCUUGGGAGGUAACCCGUACCCAUCGCUGUCGACGAGCGAUUUGAUAGCCGAGCUCAAAAUGGGCUACCGCAUGGAAAAACCUUCGAGCUGCAGCAAAGAACUAUACGAUAUUAUGUUAGCAUGUUGGAACGCAUUACCAACUGAUCGGCCAACAUUUUCCAGCAUUAAAAAUCGUUUAGAUGAACUAGUAGAACAGAGUGAGGAAACCAACAGACCUGUGAUCGAUCUAGACACCAUCAUCAGCUCACAAAGUGUUAAAUCGGCGUCGAAUGAACAUUCAUACUUAAAACCUGUGGAGUGUUGAAGGAACCUGAGAGCGUACAAUCUACUGUAACCAAAUUUUAUCCUAAUCCAUUCGCAUCAUUUACAAAUCAAAAGAACGCUAUAGACAUCUUAUUAUAAACAAUUGUAA